UAUUUGUUGCUGUCACCCAAUGCCCCGACAUCAGCAAGUUUUGAUAUUUCCUUACUAUCUUGUUUGCUACGGAAUAUUUGUGGGUUAAAAAGUAGCACCGAUCCAUGCUGGUCAACACCGCCGGCACCGACUGAUUUCUCCAUUGAAGCAGACCUGGUGCGUUUCAGGGGAUAUCGUAAUGAGUUCGCUCAUACAGCUUCAACAUCUGCAUUAACAGAAAACGACUUCAACACGAAAUGGACAGACAUAGUGCAGGUUCUGAUAAGGCUUAAUUCUCAUCUUCAAAAUGGUGUACCAAAUCUUCAAUUAGAACUGGACAAUAUGAAAACAGCCCCACUGGAUGAGGAAGCCGAUAAACGCUACCAGCAAGAGAUAGAUAAAUGGCAGCAGAUGGACAGUGCACAAACUAGAGAUAUAGAAAUCAUGGCAAACGAAAUAAAAGAUCUUAGUGCAAACAUUGAAACCCUCUCCGUAGAGAACAGGCAACAAUGGACAGAAAUGUUGGAUAAACAGGAUGAAGUUAUCAAGGAAGUAAAAAACGUUCCUCAAAACAAACACUUCAGUUCACCUGAACAGAAACAUCUUCAUGAUUCAUCACAGAUGUAUUUUGAUGAUGCGAAAGGCAAAAUGGAAUAUUAUGUUAGAACUAAUAUUUACAAAGAAGCCAGCCAACAACUUCAAACAUCGGGAAUAGCUAUACUUAGUGGUCAUCCAGGAGAUGGAAAAACUGUAAUGGCGAACUGUCUGUUAAUGGAAAUGGCUCAUGAAAGUAAACUCUUACGGUUAACUAGCCCGAAAGAUUGGAGAUUAGUAGAUUUAGGUGUUUACACAGCUGUGUUGAUUGACGAUAUAUUUGGAAAUGCUGUACUGGACGAAACUCUGUUUAAAAAGUGGCAAUAUUUCCUUAGUGACAUACGAAGUGCAGCUAAUAAAAAAAAGUGUCAUUUGUGA